AUGACUAAAGCUACAUCAUUAUCUAAAAAUAAAACAUUUCUAAAGAAAGGAACAUGGAACCCUGACGAAGAUCAGAAGCUGAUUGCUUAUAUAACGAGAUAUGGCAUUUGGAAUUGGAAUGAAAUGCCCAAAUAUGCUGGUUUGUCGAGAUCAGGGAAGAGUUGCAGACUUCGUUGGAUGAAUUACUUGAGGCCUAAUAUAAAGCGUGGAAACUUCACCAGGGAAGAGGAAGAAAUCAUAGUUCAACUGCAAAAGAAGCUAGGAAAUCGAUGGUCGGAAAUUGCUGCAAGGCUGCCGCAAAGAACUGACAAUGAUAUAAAAAACUACUGGAACACUCGCUUGAAGAAAACAGUAGAGAAGAACAAUAUUUCAGCAUCAGGAAAUACAUCACCUGCAGAAAUCAAUUCAGGUAUCGAAGCCAAGCAGGAGAAUUCGUCUCACGCUGAAUUCUCAAUGUUCCUCAAUACUUUGUUGGACUCACCAGUUCCUACAUUGGAUGACUUCCCUGAACCUGCAACCCCUUAUAGUUAUACUACGAACGAUAAUUUUGUUUCAUCAGAUUUUCUGGAGCAGCCACUGAUGACAGUAGUAACUCUGUACGACCAGGAUUGCCAAGCUAUGUCACCAAAUUCUCAACUGUGGCUCCAUGAACCCAUAUUUGAAUGUGAUUCCUACUAUGAUCCCCUGGAUAAUUUCUGGCUCAAUCCAUUUAUUUAGUGCCUAAAGAGUGAGAGCCGAUCCCUUUGCCCUGCUUCCUUUUUUUU